GAGAAAAAGAAGGGAUUGUAACGUACUUUGUCAAACACUGAUUAUGUCUUCGGCCACCUGCCAGCUCAGCUGGCCUACACUGUGCCUAGAUGGCGCACGAUGGCCAGCCAACGCACAGGGCUUAUUCCUUGGCAAUCGCAACCUAUUCAGUUGAGAUAGUUCACUGCUGCCUGAAUCACCAUUCCUCUAUACAGCCGUGACAAGGAGUCGAGCCUGUCCAAGACAAACGCGCUGUCGUAAUUUCCAUUUAAGGAUUGGAAUAAUCGCAGCCAACUCCGCAGAGGCUUAAACAUUGGUAGCAAUCACGAUUCCUUCCAACAUAAAGUAGAAGGCGACGACCAUUAUCCUGUCAUGGAGAUGCAAGGCUCCAACGCAAAGAUCUUUACAGAAUGGUUCCGUGAAUAUACAGCGGCGCGCGGCAAUGACCUCUCUAUUGAUUCCAAUAUCGUUAAGGCCGUGGAUUCCGACGAGCUUGAUGCCAAAUUCGUUGAACAGCGAAUAAAGGAAUCGGCACUAAAUGUUCUCAUCGUCAAUAGAUUCUGCGCUAAAUGUCAAAGUUUGUUUGACCAUUGGCCUACACUAGGUGAUUCAUCGACUAGAGAACACGACUCGGGGCCUAGUCCAGAUGGAGGAUGGGAACACGCUGUCGCGCGGCCGUGUAGCACCUUUGAAUUGGAAAGCUCGACACGCUCUGGAUGCAGAUUUUGCGCAUUUUUACUGCAGAACCUUAAAGAUAGGAAUUUACUUGACACAUUUCGCAAGGUUGAAGCACGCUUAUACCAUCUCGAUGAGAAUGCAUUAUCAUCACUAUCUAUUCAGAGUUGGGGCUCAAAUCCAAUACAACUCCUGUGGUUGAACCUACCUGGCAAGGUCUGCACUUCCUGCAAUUCCGGUUUAGCUGUGAAUAUGACUAUUGGGUCAUGUUUCCUUCCCGAAUCAGCUGAUUGUUUUGAUGACCAGCUUGAUGUAUUCGAUAUCGCGAACAACUGGUUAUCGAAAUGUACCGAAAACCACGAUCUUUGUAAAAACAAUGGCAACGACACACUACCGACUAGGCUGAUCUCGAUUGCUGGUGAAUCGCCGCGCUUGGUGCUAACUUCGGAAUGUCAUAAUAAGCCGAGAUAUGCUACUUUAUCACAUAGCUGGGGGUCUUACGACGUCAUAAAACUCACUUCAGAUGACCUAGACACAUAUGUAGAAGCACUACCCGUUGAGAGAUUCCCCAAAACAUUUAAGGAUGGUAUCGAGAUUACACAAAGAUUGGGUUUGGAUUAUCUGUGGAUCGAUUCGCUGUGUAUCAUCCAAGAUAGUGUAGAGGAUUGGCAAAAGGAGUCGGCCCUGAUGAGCUCCAUAUUUGGUGGCUCAACCAUCACGAUAGCUGCGUGCUCCGCUCGAGACGGUAGGCAAGGGUGUUUUACGAAGCAACCCUAUUUCAGCGGUGGGCUUCGAGCUCGAAUAACAGACGGCGAGCUACGAAGAGUACAGGAUUUUCAUAGUUCAAAAAUUUACGAUCUUUCAACCUUUGAAACUCAUUUGGGAACCAGAGCUUGGGCACUACAAGAGAAAAUGCUACCCCCUCGAACAAUCCACGUUGGCGACCGAGGUGCUUUUUGGGAAUGCAGAACGACAAUUGCCUCGGAGUACUUGCCGGAUGGUCUUCCACGUAAACUCCAGCGUAACCUCGUUAGACGAAAUGGGAAACUCCAAGACCACUGGCUUGAUAUCGUGCGGCUUUAUUCUGCAGCAAAUCUAACUUUUGGGAAAGACAAAUUACCAGCACUUUCUGGAAUCGCGAGACUUGGACAUGAAGAAACCGGCGAUCUCUAUCUUGCGGGGCUGUGGAGGGGUGAACUUGAGGAGCAGCUAUGUUGGUCUCGUGCGAGAUAUCCACCCAUUAUGAUGCGACCACGACCACCUAUGCAACCACGACCACCUUGGAGAGCACCGACUUGGUCGUGGGCAUCUAUAGAUGGAGAAGUGACCUGGCAUAGUCGACACAAAGGUGGCCUUGACACCGCAUACGUGCAAGUCUUAGAUGCGUAUACAACCAAAAUCGGCUAUGAUCCGUUCGGGCAGGUGACUAUUGGAGUCAUUCGACUUGCUUGCUCAACUAUGGCAGCUGGCUACUUGGUCUACCCGAGUGAAUCUAAUUAUCCUGAACCUGAAGCAGAUGCCACCAUUGUAUUAUAUGCUGGCGAUAGGGAGUUAAACUUUUCCGUUCAGAUAGACUGUCAAGACGACAAUAACACAUCGUCUGGUAAACUAUGCUAUCUGUUGCCUAUCUUGAGCGGAAAAACUGGCACUGGGACACGACGAAAAGGCAAAAACAUGAUCUAUGAGUCCAUGAUUGAGGGCAUUGUGCUUCAAGCUACAGGCAUCACAAAAGGCGAGUUUUGUAGGAUCGGAUCUUUUAAAUUCUACAAAGAUCGCUCCAAAUAUAGCGAUGGAGACGAAGAAGAGAGUUACGAGCGGUUUCUACCAGUAUUAAAAAGACAUGGAAAGGCGACUGCAAAGGCAUCCUGCAAAGAGGUCAUAAGCAAUCGUAAACAUAUCGAUAAACGAUAUGUCAUUACUCUUGUAUGA